AUGGUUUUAAANGCAAAGGCUGUGAUUGCGUAUCAGAAGAAGCUGAACAGUUCAAUGUCAGUUCCAAAGACAUUGAAGCUUGAUAGAGAAAUGGAGAAUAAAAGAAAGAUACUGGUUCGGAGUUUCUCACUUGCAAAGUGUAUGUACGUUAGAGGAGAACCUGGUAAGAACCCAUCAAAAGUAUCGGAACUCGAAGUUGGAGCCGAGUUUCUUGAGUCAAACACGGCGCUAAGCGCGGAGCAAGAGAUGAGGUUGAAAGAGAUGGGAGCGACGGUGAGGAACGGAGGAUCUUACAUGAAAAAGUUGAAAGUGGACGAGGACAAGCAGAGAAUGGCUAGGAACAUGAUGAACAAGAUGAACAUUGAGCAACUCUCAGAGCUUAUGGCAUUUUAUCAUUUGAUGGGUAACAUCUGUGGAGAAGUUUUGGAACGAAAGCUUCAUGACAAUGUCAAUGAAUGCUUGAGGGAUCUGUGAGUUUCAUAUGAAACGUAUGGAGAGGAUGCUUUGUGAAUUUGCUUUCUUUUUGUUUUUUGGUCAAACGAUGGAAAAAAUGGGUAAUAUGUGUAUAAUCCUCAAUUUAGUGGUAUCUAACCGCCAUAGGUUACUUUAUGAUUUCCCAACAAUUUUUUUAUUAAUAUUAUGCAGGUUGUGACUGA